GUCCUAGACUGCAACGAAAGCUGCAAGGGAGCCGGCCGUUAAUAUAUCGCGUCUCACGCGUCCCGAGGCUCAAGGCCGUUUCCCUCACCGCAGCCCCUUUAUCAUCGACAAUUUUCAAAGUCGGUUUCUGCAGCCGUCGCUCGAUUUUGAUCCACGCGCUGUCCUCUACCAGACGAAAUUAGAGACGGGAUCUAGAUUUCUUAUAAAUAAAGUGACGCUGGCUAUUAAAAAUCGGAGAGCAAACACGCGCCAUUCAACCCAAAGCCCCAGCACUCGUCGGCCGAACUCUCUCAUCAUUUUGAGACGCAGCCAGAGAGGCAGUGAAGCGGGGCACCACCAACGACGCCCUCACAUAAACUUGCUUUCUCCAAAACACACUCGCCGAGUUUCCGCCAUCAACUUCACAAUAUAGGGAUCUCUUAGCUUUCAACAAACCCAAGGAAAAUGCCUUACAACACCACAGCCAUUCCUCCCAGAAAGGAGGUCACCGGCCAGGCCCAGCUUCCCCUCACGAGAGUCAAGAAGAUCAUUGCUGUGGAUCCCGACAUUGCGAUCUGCUCCAAUAAUGCUGCCUUUGUGAUAACUCUAGCAACUGAGAUGUUCAUCCAGCAUCUUGCCAGCGAGGCUCAGAACAUGGCCAAGAUGGAGCGCAAGCCACGGCGGAACAUCCAGUACAAGGACAUGGUCACGCACCACGACAACCUCGAGUUUCUCGAGGACGUGAUCCCCAAGACCACAACAUACAAGCAGAUCAAAGUGCAAGCGGCCGCGACGCGCGCCAAGCUCAAGGGCGACAAAGCCGCGGCAGCGGCAGCGGCAGCGGCAGCAGCGGGGACAGGGACAGGGACAGGGACAAGCAAGCACAAGGGUAUCAACGGCAGCGUGUCGUCAUCGAAGACCAACGGCGUGUCAUCGCGGCGCCGCGUGCUCUCGCUGGACGCGGAUCCCAGCGCGCAGCUGGAGCUGGAGAUGAGGCAGGCGCACUCGGCGGCGCGCGACGAAGAUGUCGACAUGGCAGACUAGAUAGUGCUUAGGUACGUAGGGCUUCAGCAUAUAGAUUGGUAGGGUAGGCUUGCUGAGGGG